GAGGAUCUUGCAUGAGCACAUAACUUUUGCUUCCUUUUCCAGAGGCCGGUUGCAUUCUAAGCACAAUUGUAUAGCAGGUGAUAGCAGGCUCGCGUUCCCUAAGCGUGUCUCACGAUGUUUCCCCACCGGCGUCACCGGUUGCCCUGGCGGCUGCACUUGAACGCUAGCUAGCCAUGCGCCAUACGUUUAGCUCCCUCGAUAUUAGACUGUUUUCACAGUCAUGUUAGCUCCCUACCUCCAUUUCAGCUCAUUUUCUUCCUGUUGAGGUUGCCCUUGUGUUCAUUGUGCCCGUACAAGAGGCUCGGGUACACUGGGAUAUCAGGUGGUACGCUUGUAUGUUACUCAGCCAUACUUAGUAACCUACUUACUACUUCAGCUAAUGUUAGUGAGUAGAGCUGCAGCAUCGGUAUCUUGUGCUUGUGUGGUUACACGGUGAACAGCAUCGGGUUGUCUGAGUUCAUACUGCUGUCCCCAUCACUCAUUUCACUCAUUUCACUGAGAAUGGGACAUCAUAGUCAUUAUUUUCAUAUCGGUUAUGAUUUAUUUUGAAUUGCCCUUCACCUUUCUACAGCCUACUGGCUCAGGACUCUGCCGCUGGCACAGCAGUCAGGAUCUAAAAAAGUGCCAGCAUUAAAAUUAAUGUUGUUAGCUGUCAACUUUGUGGUGGGAUAGUCUAGACUAAACCAAGGAUGGAUGGUGAGACAGCUGUCAAACAUGGUCUCCUAGCCCCUCUAGGCACUCCAAGCACUAAUCCAGUCAAGCAGAUGGUUGUUGUAGUCCGCAAUCGUGAUCGUGAAUGGUUUCCGCUGCACCCAACCAAGUUCCUGCAGCUAAUGAAAACACUGGCUAUGGUCUAUGUGAUGGCUUACCUCAUCACACAGCGACAUCAGUGGAAGACCAUGAUCAGGGGCAAGAGCAAGUGUGACAAAAUACUUGAAGGGUACACAGUUGGUAGCAGUAAAGAAGGACACCAUGACCAGUUGGACUGUACACCCAGGCACUUUGACAGUCAAGCAGCUAGGGCUUGUUUCCGCAGUUCUAAACUGCUUUUUAUCGGUGAUUCUCGGAUCAGGUUCCUGAAGAACAGAUUUUUAGACUACAUUAACCCGAAUUUUGUACCAGCACCUAAAGUCAAGAAGCGGUCGGCUAAAGUUGACAGUCAUUUGCGCAACCAGAACACAACAACAAUCAUCACGGACGCCACCUUACCUGCACACAUACACGUGGACUUCAUCUGGGGCCCAUUUAUCGGCGAGUCAUGGAUGGCCUUGUUCAGGUACUUGCAAUCGAAUCCAUUGGACAGUGUGGACUUGAUUGUGGCCGGAGCAGCAUUGUGGUCAAUAGGAACUGAUCCAUCAACAGAGGCACUGGAACAGUACAAAGCCAACACGGAAUCGGUGCUUCGCCUGCUGUCAUCACUGGUGCGAGAAUCAGGUACAAGCUUGGUGUGGCUAAAACAAGCAUAUGUCAAUGAAUCAGUGCCAAGAAAAAUGAACCUCACCAACCGUCUUAUCCGAAAAUACAAUGAAGCUGUCGAUAAAAAUUGGCAGCGCUUCAGAACUCCUGGUAUGUUUCUGUUCAGUCGGGGUGAUGUGCCGAUGAUCCCAGAUGGCGUACAUUACACUCAAGAUUCUAAUGACGGGAUCAUCCAGGUCAUCCUGAAUACCCACUGUAACUCGCAACUACCGGUAACUGACAGGAAGACCUGUUGCCAAGGGUCACUUCACUCAAUUACUGCUCCACAGGUUGUGCUACUGGUUAUAUUUGUUUGCAGUAUCAUCGUACCGGUGGCAGGACUCUGGUACAGGCGCCGGCGCUCACGUUCUCUGCUCCAGUCACUGAGCCCGACUUCGGUCCGAGAUGCAGGUCUAAAGCGUACCACUGCAUCACCUGUUGUGAUGGUCUGUCAGUGCAUCACAUUGCUUGGAAUAGUGCUUCUCUACACCUACUUAGCUGACAGGACACCAGUAUUCACUAAAGAGGAGAAACAUUUCAACUGGACAUCAUUUGCUGUUCCAUUGACAAUUUUGGGAAUUCUUGGCUUUGUGACAUACCAACCAGUCAAAGAUGCUUCUGUUCUAAACCGUCAGCAAACCUGUGAAACACGAGGAUGGAUGCAGCUAGUAUUGCUGGUGUAUCAUUACACAGGUGGUAGCAAGGUUCUUGGUCUGUACUAUGUAGUUCGACUGAUUGUAGCAAUGUACAUCUUCCUAAGCGCCUUUGGACAUUACACGUAUAGUUUGAAGCGUGGAGCAAGCAGUUGGUCUCGUGUAGCUGAGGUCCUGUUCCGUCUAAAUCUCUACACCGUUCUACUGUGCUUGACUAUGGAUGUACCGUAUCUUCACUACUAUUUUGUACCACUGAUCUCAGCAUGUUACUUACUAGUACUACUGGUUGCUGCCAUACCUCCAGUUGCAUGGGAUCAGGACAAGUCGCAAUGGAUACAGGUGCUCAAGGCAAUCUGUUUCACUAUCGUCUUCGCCUUGUAUCGGAUACAACCAGAUAUGCUCAACUGGAUAAUAUCCUUCCUUCCGCUCUCCCAACUCUUCCUGGAUGAUGACAACUCCCUACACGAGUGGACAUUUCGUUUCGGACUAGACAUCCUGGCUGUGCCAGCGGGUAUCCUGUGUGCCGUAAUGCUACAUCGAUUCCCACGAAUCAAUGGGUGGAUAUGUUCAAGGAGUAUUGGUAACAACUUGAUGACCACACUUUCAGCCUUGACAUUGGUAGUGUACUGUGGAAUGAUGGCAACAAACUGUACUAGUAAACCAGAGUGUAAUCUUCUACAUACCUACCUAUCACCAAUCAUGCUUGGAGGAUUUGUUCUCUUACGUAACACUUGGGAACCACUACGAAACCAUUACAGCCAGUUCUUCGACUGGGUGGGAAUCUACUCGUUGGAGCUUUUCAUCGCCCAGUAUCACGUCCUGCUGGCUAAUGAUACACGUAGUCUACUUGUCCUGGUCGAGGGUAAUCCAAUUCUCAACAUCUGCAUCGUGACAACCAUCUUUGUACUGGUAUCACACACUGUAGCUGAGUGUACACAAAUGCUGGUCAACGUCAUGAAGGGCCUCGCAACCGAGAGUGAAUAGCUGUGACCAUU